UUGCAGGCCUCUGCUGUGCAACUGCUCCGAAGCUUCGAUGAGAAGCCUGCGCCUGACGGACUUAAACUGGACGUCUUUAAGUCCUCUGAAUUGUCGAAUUUUUUACGCCAAAAAAUGUGGUCUUUGUACACUGCUAAUAUGAAAGACAUGUCCAGCGCCUCUUCUUUUGGAUGGAACCCUGAAGAAAAGAAGGCGGAAAUGUUUCAUAGAGCGGCACGGCACCUUAUCGUUCGCUCAGCCACCAGCAACACAACGUUGUGUGGAUUCUCAACUCUUCGCUUUGAGACCGAGAUAAGCUACGUUGUCCCGGAGAGGAAGGAUGACGUGCUUUAUAUUUAUGAGAUUCACGUUGCUGAAGAUUAUCGACGCAAAGGGAUAGGCACUUUCCUUUUAUCACUGGCCGAACAAUUGGGUCGCAAGUGGAAGAUGAACAGACUAAUGUUGACGGUUCUCCUUGCCAACACAACGGCGCUUCACCAUUAUGCUAAGCAAGGAUUUGUCAUUGACGCCAGCUCUCCCAAUGAACAACAUGACAUGUUUCCAUCCCCUUGCGCUACCGCUGAAGAUAGCUCGGGAAAUCAAAAUGAAUCGAGCCGUCAGCCGUGCGACUAUCUCAUACUCUGCAAACUGCUCUCGGAAUCUGCCACUAAAGAGGGGACUUGACGAGGGAACGACUGGUAUUGAUAACACGUGGAAUUGACACAAAACACGGGCCGCUGCUGGUUAGCGGUGUGUAUGCUUAAUAAUCGUAGUUUCUAUGCCCAGUGUCGCACCUUUGUAUAAGCUAAGUCGUUGGAAUGCGUCAGUAGGUAUUCGGUUUCGCUGAUGCCUCUACGAUGAACUGCAUCAAACGUGGACGAUCACGGGCUCACGGCUGCGGGAUGACAUAUUCAGGUCAUUUCACUAGUGCUUCCUGGACAGUCGUCAUUCCAUUAAGAUACCGAUGAAUUUCCCAUUUUGAGAGUCAGGAAGCUCGGGCGCAGUGUGGGAGCGACGCG